AUGGAACCUGUUAUUUUUUUUAGAAAAGGACGUGCAAAGAAUGUAAGGCAACGUGAGGAUGAUUCUGAAUCCGAGGAAGAAACUGUUAUAAAAUCCAAGAAGAUUAAUAUUCGCUCAAAGCAAUCAGUAACAGCUCAAACAAAUGGUUUUUCUGCCUCUUCUUUGUCUGAUAUACAAGAUACAUCUUCUAAUAGUGCAGUUGAUUCUGCAAAUAUAGCUUCCAAUCUUACUGCAAAUUCAGAUCGUGUUAUUAGUCGUCCUGGACCUGUUCAAGCAAGACAUGUAGUUCCAACAACGUUUAUUGACUAUGCACCGGACGUGUGCAAAGACUAUAAGCAGACUGGGUUUUGUGGCUUUGGUGAUUCAUGUAAAUUUCUUCAUGAUAGGGAAGACUAUAAAGCAGGGUGGCAACUUGAUCGCGAAUGGGAAGAGGUUCAGCACAAAAAACGUAUAGCAGUGAUUCAGGCAAAAGAAUUAGACAGCCACUCUGAAGAAUCUUCUAGUGAUGAAGAGGAUAUUCCUUUUGCAUGUUUUAUUUGUAGAAAAGAAUACGUUCAGCCUAUUGUUACAAAAUGUGGUCAUUAUUUUUGUGAACCUUGUGCAAUUAAACGUUAUAGAAAAAAUCCUAAUUGUAUUAUUUGCGGUUCUGGCACUUCUGGUAUUUUCAAUGCGGCUAAAAAACUUCAAGCAAAACUUUCCAAGAAAAAGGCAUUAUCCCACCAGCACCCUUCUUCUCCGUCUGCUGAUCUAUAG